AAGUAACCAAUGGAAGCCCUGGAUCCCCGACCCAUGGCUAAUGGAAACUGAGGUGGGCGGGCCACCGGGCAGCCAAGCCCUAGUCCAGGAGCUGACAGCCAGGAGCCUCCCAGGGAGCGCGGACCCCGAAGCAGGCAGACCAUGUGGACCCUGGUGAGCUGGCUGGCCUUAGUGGCAGGGCUGGCGACUGGAACACAGUGUCCAGAUGGUCAGUUUUGCCCUAUUGCCUGCUGCCUGGACCCAGGAGGAAUCAACUACAGCUGCUGCAACCCUCUUCUGGACACAUUGCCUAUGGUGAUGAGCAAUCGUCUAGGUAGAUCCUGUCAGGUGCAUGACCACUGUCCUGCUGGCUACUCUUGUCUCCUCACUGUGUCAGGGACUUCCAGUUGCUGCCCCUUCCCUAAGGGUGUAUCUUGUGGUGAUGGCUACCACUGCUGUCCCCGGGGCUUCCACUGUAGUACGGAUGGGACAUCCUGCUUCAGAGUAUCAGAUAACACCAUGAGGGCUGUUCAGUGCCCCGGGAGUCAGUUUGAAUGUCCGGACUCCUCUACUUGCUGCAUUAUGAUUGAUGGUUCCUGGGGAUGCUGCCCCAUGCCCCAGGCCUCUUGCUGUGAAGACAAAAUACAUUGCUGUCCCCAUGGGGCCUCCUGUGACCUGGUUCACACACUGUGCAUUACGGCUUCGGGCACCCAGGCCCUGAUGAAGAAGUUUCCUGCACAAAGGGCAGCGGCUUUGCCUUUUUCAGUGGUCUGCCCUGAUGCACAGACCCAGUGCCCUGAUGACUCUACCUGCUGUGAGCUACCCACGGGGAAGUAUGGCUGCUGUCCAAUUCCCAACGCCAUCUGCUGUUCCGACCAUCAGCACUGCUGUCCCCAGGACACUGUGUGUGACCUGAUCCAGAGUAAGUGCCUAUCCAAGGACUACACCACGGACCUCCUGACCAAGCUGCUUGGAUACCCAGUCCCAGUGCCUACAGUGCGGGAGGUCAAGUGCGACGCGGAGGUGAGCUGCCCGGAUGGAUACACCUGCUGCCACCUCACCACCGGGGCCUGGGGCUGCUGUCCGUUUGCCGAGGCUGUGUGCUGUGAGGACCAUAUACACUGCUGCCCGACAGGGUUUCAGUGUCACAUAGAGACAGGAACCUGUGAAAUGGGAGCCCUGCGGGUACCCUGGAUGAAGAGGGUCAUAGCCCCCCUCAGCCUGCCAGAACCACAAGCCUUCAAGGGUGACGUCCACUGUGAUGACUUGACUUCCUGUCCUCCUGAUAAUACCUGCUGCAGACUCCUUUCUGGGGAUUGGGGCUGUUGUCCCGUCCCAGAGGCUGUCUGCUGCGCAGACCGCCAGCAUUGCUGCCCCCAGGGCUUCACGUGUACGAUUGAGGGGUACUGUCAGUCGGGAGACAGAAUGGUGGCUGGCCUGGAGACGAUACCCGCUCACCGGACAACUCUGUUCCAAACUGGAGAUAUGGGCUGUGACCAGCACAUCAGCUGUCCGGUGGGGCAGACCUGCUGUCCCAGCCUGACAGGAAGCUGGGCCUGCUGCCAGUUACCCCAUGCUGUGUGCUGUGAAGAUGGACAGCACUGCUGCCCGACCGGGUACAUCUGCAACGUGAAGGCGAGGACCUGCGAGAAGUAUGCCAACUCCGUCCAGGCUUCCGCCCACCUGAUCUUUGACCCUAACGCCGAGGAUAUAGAGUGUGGGGCAGGGCAUUACUGCCACGACAGCCAAACCUGUUGUAGAGACAGCCAAGGAAGCUGGGCCUGCUGUCCCUACCUGAAGGGCAUUUGCUGUACAGAUGGGCGUCACUGUUGCCCCUUUGGCUUCCACUGUUCGGCCAAGGGAACCAAGUGUUUGUGAAAGAAGACCCCUCGCUGGGACAUGUUUUUGACGGAUCCAGCCCCAAGACAGUUGCUAUAAGGAGGGGCUAAAGACUAAAGAACCCCACAGCCCUGGGGACCCUGUUCAGAGGGUAUCCAUCACUCAGGCCUCCCUAAAGCACCUCUUCCCCUAGAGCCACCCAUUCUGAGCCGCCCCAUCACCAUGGGAAGUGGGACCUCAAACUAAGACCUUCUUUUAUGCAAAGAAGGGUUUGGCAAAAGCCCCAUUUCAAACUGCCAUUUCUUCCGAUUUCUGUGAACCUAUGGCCAGGUGCUCUUCCCAAUCCACAGGUAUUGUGCGAGCUUGUUUGUGUGUGUGUGCGCGCGCGCGUGCAUGCGCGCGUGUAUUUGCUCUAAUAAAGUUUGUACACUUUC